CGCAGCCGGGAGCAGCUCCAGCCCACGGCUGCUGCGGACGCUUCGGCAACACGAGGGGAUGGCAGCCCCGGAGCGGCGGCUCCCCGUGACCGAGCGGGCCCGGGCAGGGCCCGGCGAAGCGGCCCGUUGCCAUGGCAACCAGCCCCAGACCCUGCGAUUGGACACACGUGUCCCUAUUCGGUACUUGUACAGCAACGCGGAACGCGACUGGAUUGUCCCUCGCCGGCCCCCGUAACGCGCUCCGGCAGCGGAGGAGCAGGGCGGGGCGUUGUCACGCAGUGCGCGUGCGCGGGGCGGGGCCGUUCCCCGCCUCACGGUUGAGAUGGCAGCGGUGCCGGCUGAGCCUGAGGGUGCUGGUGGUAUCGAGGCUGCUGCGGGCGGCCCGGCCCCGGUCGAGAGCCCGGGAUCCGCCUCAUCGGCCAUUGGGCAUUUUCCAGCGUGCCCCGGUUACUCCAGAAGUUGACACCCGAACGCAACAGGGCUCAAACCAUUCUGGUAAUGGGAGCUCAAGGAGCUUUUUAAAGGUGACUUUGGGGAAAGACGUCACCAGGCUCAAACGAGAUAUGGUUGAGAGGACACCAAGAUGGGACAGAAAGGAGGAGAAGAAGACGACGAUGAAAUCAGUUGCCAAGGUGGAGGAAGCCAAAGGGAACACUGCUGUGAAACCAUCCCCUGGUUUGGAGGGAAUCAAGAAGACAACAGUCAAAAUGGCCCCUAGGGUGCAGGGAAACAAGGAGAAAACAACAGUGAGACCAGCCCCAAGGGUGGAAGAAGCCAAGGAAGAGACAAUAGUGAAACCACUUCCCAGGGAGGAGGGAGCCAAGGAGAAGGCAACAGCGAAACCACCUUCUGGGGUGGAGGGAGCUCAUGAAAACAACAUAUCCAAAGACCAAACGAAGUCAAAAGACCCUCUUUCAUCAGUGAAAACUGUAAGACCUGUUCCUCAGGCUGCUGCGGUGACAGAAAAGAAGCAACUGAAGGCUGCCGACUUCAAGUCUGAGCCACGGUGGGAUUUUGAGGACAAGUAUCUGCUGGACAAGUCAUCUCCACCAUUGACCUGCUCUGAAUCACUGAAGGCCAAAGCUACCAAGUCUGAGUGGCUGAGAGAUCUUUUCCUACCCAACAUCACGCUCUUCACAGACAAGAGAUAUUUCAGUGACAGUGAAUGGGACCGCCUGGAGCAUUUUGCACCUCCCUAUGGCUUCAUGGAGCUGAAUUAUUCAUUGGUGAAGGAGGUCAUGUCCCUACUGCCCCCAAACCCUCACCAGCAGCUGCUCCUGGCCAACAGCAACAGCAGCAUGCCAACGUGCAUCAGCUGUGCCGUUGUGGGCAACGGAGGAAUAUUGAAUAACUCUGGGAUGGGCCAGGAGAUCGACUCCCAUGACUAUGUCUUCCGGGUGAGUGGCGCUCUAACCAAAGGAUAUGAAAAAGAUGUGGGAACAAAAACCUCCUUUUAUGGAUUUACAGCCUAUUCCCUGGUGGCCUCUUUGUAUGUCUUGGGAAACAGAGGGUUCAGUGAAGUCCCACGGGGAAAAAAUAUCAAAUACAUUCACUUCAUGGAGGGAGCUAGAGACUAUGAGUGGCUGAAAGCUCUUCUGCUGAACAAGAACGUCAGGAAAGGAUUCUUGGACCAGUAUGGGCCGAGGCCCCGGGAGAAAUUUGGUAAAGAUUUCACGACAGACAAGUACCUGGUGAUUCACCCGGAUUUCCUCAGAUACAUGAAAAACAGGUUUCUAAAAUCUAAAUCUCUGGAAAAGACCUACUGGCGGCUGUACAGGCCCACAACGGGGGCGUUCCUGCUGCUGACUGCCCUCCACCUCUGUGACCGGUGACUCCUCCAUGUUUCCCAGGUGAGCGCCUACGGCUACAUCACAGAGGGUCAUGAGAAGUACUCAGAUCACUACUAUGACAAGGACUGGAAACGUCUGGUUUUCUACACUAACCAUGACUUCAACCUAGAGAAGCAGCUGUGGAAAAAGCUUCAUGAUGAGAAUAUCAUGAAGCUUUACCAGAGAUCCUGAUUCUGUGGCAAAGGCCGUUGCCUGGGAACUUUCAACAACACCUCACUGGGCACGGGAGAGGACCUCUGGAGCCGAGGUUAGCUCUGGACUUCCAGGCACAUUUUUAUCACAAUGAAGAUAUUUCCCUCCUUCAGUACUUCUAUUCUUUUACAAUGUUUCUACAAAUAUACAAAUGCUACAGACCAGGAGAAGAACAGUAAGAAAAUGCAGCAAGCCAACAACGUUGUCCUGUCUGGCUAUGCUGCAAGACUGUUGCGGAUGGUUGUAGGCACUGGUAUCAGGAGAGAUGAAUCCAGAAUGGAUCUGGGUAGCAUAUGGUCCAGUGUCCUGCAUCUUCAUCCAGGUUUCCUCUCUUUGCAAGGAGAUGCUCCUUCUGCUCUGGGUGGAUCCUCCCUGUUAGUGGUGCCCAUCUCGAAGCUGAGUGUGUUCCCUAAGCAAGCUGCUUCUGCAGCCAGGGGAUGGAGGGGGACACACAGGUCCUGUCUUGGGUUGUUCCUGGAAGUCCUGCUCUCACUCUGGUCCCUGCAGAUAAAAAAGGAUGGACUGGACACUUCUAGGUGACUAAUUUGAUGGAGGAUGACUCUCACUUCUGCUUCCUAGUGUGACAUGUCCAAAGGACCACCACCAGCACCUCAAGGGCAGACAGAUGCUCUCCACAGUGCAGCAGAAACUCCAAACUUGCUGCCUUGUGCUCUGGGGCUCUCCUGGCUGCAGGACGUGUGAAUCUUGUGUCACAGUCCUGAUGUGCCAAGUCCCCGCUCAGCUGGGCUUGGGCUGUGACAGGAGUGCUGUUUGCCUCUUGCCAGGGGAGGUAGGAGAGCUCUCCAUAUCCAGGGAUGGAUGCUGUGCGUCCUUGCUGCAGCCUGGAGUGCCUGUUCCCCAUCGCAUGGAGAGGAACGCGGUUGCAGCCAGUGCCCCUGCAGCAUAUUCGCCUUCUGAAAGGGGUUUUGCAAGCAAAAUAAAUGGCGCUACUUUGGCCAAGCUGA